AUGUUCUUCCAACAAUAUGACGAGAAAAUGGUAGAACUUUCUAAAUUUUUCAAAACAAAAAGAACUAUCUAUGAAACAGCUACGUUUUUUGAUCAACUUUACCAUGCCCAAAAGACUGAUAAUCCAUUUGACGUCGCAUUAGCUGCUCUGGCAAAAUUUGGUGAGCUUCAAUGCUAUGUGAAAGUCGAAGACACUUCCCGAGCUCUACAAACUGCUGUUACUGCUGCUCGAUUAUUUAUUCAAAAUGCCCAAUUUGGAUUUGAAUUUUCCAAAUCUCUUCCAGAAUCAUGGUCAAAUUCUCUUACUGAUGGCUUACAUUGCUAUAGAGUAGCUAUUGACCUCCUUAAAACAGCAAAUAAACCUUAUUUGGCUGCGACAAUGUUAAAUGAAAUGGGAAAGGUCGAAAGCGAUUUUGAAUUAACACAUGCAUCAGGAAAUACAUAUGAAGAGGCUAUCGAUGUCAUUAUUACAGGCCAAGCUCCCCUUCCUUUACUCUUUACAUCUGUUCUUAACGCAAUCAUGGCCUAUUCUAAGAUUGAUAGAUACGAUCUUGCACUCCAUGCUCUACAGAAAGCACAGCUCCACUUCUUCGAUAAUGAAACAAUGUGGGUUUCUCCUUCGCCAAUCAUGAAAAGACAAUACAGAGAUAUUCAAAUUGAACACGCACUUCUACUACUUAACGUUUAUCGCUACGAUGAGUGCUUAGAAUUCAUUGGUAAAAACUUGGAACCUGCCGAAGUUUCUAUCAUCGAAAAAAUGGUCGAAGCAUCGAAAUCUAGCCAAAUUUACCUCAUGGAUAAGAUUAUCGAAGAAGCAAGAGAAACAAAAAUCUUCAAUAAUAUGCAAAUCGGUCUUUUAAUGAAACACCUUCAAUUUACAUCAAGAGAAGUUGAAGCUGGCAUUUUCCAGAUUAUGUCUUAA